UAUUUCCAAGGCGGUCGUUUUGAUAGAAUGUCGACAAUGGAGGUUAUGCUUAUGUGUUACGCCUCUUUUGCUGUUUACAAGCAUGUCGUGAUGCUGAAUAGCUAAUGUUGACCUAUGUCUGAUAGUUGGUUUACAUCCACGUAGUGACUUAGUGAGCUAUUAGAGGGGCGGUGCUUAACCAGGCCCAUUCCCACUCUCCUUCCUGUUUGUUUUUAUAAUUCAUACUACAAAAGGAAGAACGCACUUGUAUUUGUGAUAUCAUUUCGAUAAUGCUCUAAUUCGACUAGGUGAAAUGAAAAUCAAAACUUUCAAAUAUAGCAAAAGCCCUCAGAACGAGCCGUUUCCGGGGAAAGAUAGUCUGUUCAGGAUUCUCGCCUAUGUAGCUAUUUGCAUUUUAAUACUGGUCUUUCUGUGUUUAACGAUUCACUGUAAAUCUGUGGAAAGUGUUGCGAUUAAAUUGGAUGAUCGUGAAGGCAUCAAUCAUAACAGAAUUAGUUUGAUUCAUGGUGAUUCUGUGCACAAGAGUAGCUCAAAUUUGCCACCAAAGGGCCGUGUUGUCUGUUAUUAUGUGAUCCCAAAUAACGACUCAUGGAUCAACGUACUUCCGCCGAAUUCUGUAGACCCUUAUUUUUGUUCUCAUAUAAUCACGGGUUUUGCUCAAAUUUUCAAAAGCGCUGUCAACCCAGACAAAUACGAUUUGGCCGCAUACAAAGCGGUGAUAGACUUGAGGAACAACAACCCGAGUCUAAAAGUCCUCCUCUCUGUGCAGGAUUUUUCAAGUCACGGAGAGUUUAGCAAGAUCGUUUCAAGCCAACUUCUUCGAGAAAAAUUCAUUAAUUCAACGCUCAAAUUUAUCAACGAUACUGGUUUCGACGGGUUGGAUUUGGAUUGGGAAUUUCCAGCUUGGCCUGAGUCAAAUUAUUACCAAGUAAAUAAUUAUACACGCCUCCUGCAGGGGUUUAGAGAUAAAAUUAACAUUAGUUACAAACAUUUAAUUCUAUCGAUUGAUGUUGCCGCACCAGCGCUAAUAAUACACCAAUCCUACGAAAUAUCAUCUCUGGCAAAGAUCGUAGAUUUUGUGAAUUUGAUGUCUUACGAUUAUCAUAUGUACUCUAAGUACCUCCCUUUAACUGGUCCGAAUUCACCUCUUUAUUCGAGUCCUCGUGAUGCCGGCUACAUGCUGACUAUGAACGUGAAUUGGUCAGCUAACAAAUGGGUGGAAUCUGGUAUGCCUAAAGAAAAAAUUAAUAUCGGAAUACCAACAUAUGGACAUUCUUACAAACUAGUUAAUGAAGAUAACAAUGGAUGGAAUGCGCCAGCCAUUGGUUUUGGCAAUAUCGGCCAAGAUGGAUUUACAACAUUUGGUGAAACCUGCGAUUUUAUAAGGCAAAAGUCCACAACGCAUUUCUUAGAUGACAAUUACAAAGUUCCCUAUGCUUUCAACGGGAAAGAAUGGAUUUCGUACGAGGACCAACAAAGCGUCCGAUUAAAAGCACUUUACAUUCAGGCGAAUGGAUUUGGAGGAGCGAUGAUCUUCUCUCUCAACUCGGAUGAUUUUUCAAACAAUUGUAACAAUAAAGCGUUUCCGUUGACGAGAGAAAUCAUUCGUUACAUCUAGAACGGCAAGUCUUAGCGAUUCCCAGUUUCGCCGGCUGAUUUCUAGUCAAUUAUUGUGAUAUGUACAAUUUAUAGACCAGCACAAAUAUUUCCAUGUCAAUAAUUUAAAUUUUAUGUAAGGAUUAUUAAAAAUAAAUAGAAUUUGAUAUAAAGUAA